UAUGCAAAACACCAUGACUGGCCAGGGAAAGAAGAAGAUAGAAAGAAACAAGAUAUGGAGAGUAGGAAGAGGAGGAUGGUCUUCCAGUAGAGACUUUGUCUUCUUUUCUCGAGAAUCAAACUUGCAUAAAAACGAAGCCGUCAUUUGAAGAAGCGGGUAACGGAAAGGGGAAGGUGAUCCAUCUUCUUUCGGAGAAAGGUUAUUCUUUUAAUUCAGAAGAAACCAAAUAAUAAUAAUAAUAAUCACGCUUUCCAGUCAGGUUGUUUCUCGCAUUAUAUUGAUGGGAAUUUGCUUUUGACAUCUGAGUGAACAAAAGUGUCAGAAUAUAAAUCUGUGGAACAGAGAUAAACAGAGAGAGAGAUAAAUGGGGAUGUACGAGCCUAUUAGAGGGCACGAUGAUGUUGAGAAGGAGCAGGAGGAGGAGAAGCGUGGAGUGAGACAUUCGGUUGAAGGUGAAGAUGAUGUUGAAAUGGCUGUUCAUGCAAGAUCCGGCACCGCCAUUCCCAAUGCCGGUCGUGAUUCUAAUAAGAUUGAAGAGGAAAGUUCCAAGCAAAAGCGUCACCAGCAACAACGUCUUGUUUCGCUGGACGUUUUUCGUGGCGUGACUGUUGCGCUAAUGAUAUUCGUGGAUGAUGCUGGUGGAAUCCUACCUGCAAUUAAUCAUUCGCCUUGGGAUGGUUUAACACUUGCAGAUUUUGUCAUGCCAUUUUUCCUCUUUAUUGUUGGUAUCUCACUUGCACUUACCUACAAGAAUUUGUCUUGCAGAGCUGUUGCAACUAGAAAAGCAAUACUACGGGCUCUAAAGCUUUUAAUGUUAGGCCUGUUUCUUCAAGGUGGCUUCUUCCAUGGCCUUAAUGAUUUAACUUAUGGGGUGGAUAUUGAACAUAUGAGAUGGAUGGGUAUACUACAGAGAAUUGCAAUAGCAUAUCUGCUGGCAGCAUUGAGUGAGAUUUGGCUGAAGGGUGAUGGUAAUGUUAAUUUGGUGUCAUCUCUGUUUAGGCAAUAUAGAUUCCAGUGGGCUUUGGUUUUGAUGCUUAGCGCUCUAUACCUUUCCUUGUUAUAUGGCUUGUAUGUGCCUGAUUGGGAGUAUCAAAUUCCAAUUGAAACUUCCUCUUCUCCCCCAAAAUUGUUUUCAGUGAAAUGUGGAGUGCGUGGUGACACUGGGCCAGCUUGUAAUUCUGUUGGAAUAAUCGACCGCAAGAUAUUGGGUAUACAACAUUUAUAUAAACGACCAGUCUACGCUCGAACACAGCAAUGCAGUAUUAACUCCCCAAGUAAUGGCCCAUUACCUUCUGAUGCCCCAUCAUGGUGCCAAGCCCCUUUUGAUCCUGAAGGACUUCUAAGUUCAGUGAUGGCGAUUGUUUCCUGUUUUGUUGGUUUGCAUUAUGGGCACAUUAUUGUCCAUUAUAAGGACCAUAGAGAUAGGAUCUUUCACUGGAUGGUUACAUCAUCAUGUCUUGUUGUCUUGGGGCUUGGCCUGAACUUAUGUGGGAUGCAUUUUAACAAGGCUCUCUACACAUUCAGUUACAUGUGUUUCACUGCUGGUGUUGCUGGCAUUCUCUUUGCUGGAAUUUACUUCAUGGUUGAUGUAUGUGGCUGUAGACGUCCCACCUUUGUGAUGGAGUGGAUGGGAAUGCAUGCGCUGAUGCUUUAUAUCCUUGCAGCCUGCAAUGUCCUGCCAGUUUUCCUCCAGGGAUUUUAUUGGAGGAGGCCUCGGAAUAAUAUUCUUGGGUUAAUUGGAAUAGGAAGAUGAAAGGGUUAACUGGUUACACCUUCCCCGCAGCUGCACUUUCAGUUUCAAGGUCUUGGGGCUCUGAAUCGCUCAACUUAUCUUAUUGAUUUUGGGUGGUUGCUGUUAGUGCCACCAGAGAAUUUUGGAAUUCAGGUCUUUAUAGAAAUGGAGGCAAACUUUCUCUUCUCUAAUCAUGUGAACAACAAACUCCAAUGUAGCUUCUGUAUAAAAUAUGUAGGUAGAGCCUUUUUUUUUUCAAAAAAUAAUUUGUAAUAUGUAGGUAGAGCUUUAAACAGGGAAAGCUCAUUGGAACUUUUCGUGGUAUCUUAUUCAAAAGAUGUCUUUUUCCCACCA